ACAAAAAACCCACUCUAUGUAUGAAUGUUUUGACUGCAUGCACCAUUUUUAUGCCUGAUGCCCUUGGAGGACAGAAGAGGUAUCUGAUUUCCUGGGACUGGAGUUACAAAGGGUUAUGAGUUGCCAUGUGUAUAGUGAGACUCAAAUCAGGGUUCUCUGAAAUCUGAGCCCUCUUAAAAUUUUUGUGUAUGGUGUGUGUGUGUGUCUGUGUGCGCGUGUGUGUGUGUGCACGCACGCGCGCGAAGGUGCUGCAGAGGCUAGAAGAGGGCGUCGAGUCCCCAGGAGUGAGACUUAAAAGCUAAGUAAUCCGUGUGGGUGCUGAGACUCAAAGCCUGGUCCUACGGAAGAGCAACAAUUAAGUUUUAAUACUGAGCCAUCUCUCUAGGCCCUUGUCUUUUGCUUUUAUACAAAGAACUUUUCAGAACGAAAUUCUGUGCUACUAGGUUUUGUUUUCCGCUUUCUGCUUAGAUCCCGCUAGCAGGAUCUAUAUGUUCCAUGGAUCUAGCCCAAGUUUGUGUGCAGCACGCGAGGAAGCCUUCUAUAGCCAUGUGGAGAGACCAAGACCCGGGGCUGGGGGUGGGGUGGGGAGCCUGCUCAAUGAAAGGCGGAAGCUCGCUCGUUCGCGCUAAGCGGCGCUGAGCGGUGAGGGAGUGCAGCCCACACGAGGAACCGAAUCUACUGAGCCCAUUGCUGGAAUGAGGGAUCGCUCUACGAUUCCGCAUCACUGGGACACGAGCUCACGCGCUUGCGCAGCAGCAUCACAGGCCCAAGCCUGAUUGGCUGACGCGGGGCUGUGGGGUGGGAUCACGCACGCGCACUUUCUCACAUGCGAGGAAGGUCUCGCGGGUGUUGUUCUUCGGCCUUCAUUCUCUCUGUAGAGCCCUAAUUUCUCAUCCCAGUUCACAAUGUUCCCGGAACUCAAUAACCUUCUCAGCACCACCCCAGACAGGACCGAGCAGGGGAAACUGACUCUGCUCUGUGAUGCCAAGACAGAUGGCAGCUUCCUUGUGCAUCACUUCCUCUCCUUCUACCUCAAAGCUAAUUGUAAAGUCUGCUUUGUGGCGCUCGUCCAGUCGUUUAGCCACUAUAAUAUUGUGGGACAGAAGCUGGGUGUCAGCCUGACAGCAGCGCGGGAACGUGGGCAGCUUGUAUUCCUGGAGGGCCUCAAGUCCUCAGUGGGUCUCUUCUUCCACACUCAGGAGGCGCCUCAUCCCCUGCAGUUCCUCAGGGAGGCCAGUGCAGGGAACCUCCAGUUGCUGUAUGAGUUUGUACAGGACACCCUGAAGCCUGUGGACGGUGGGGAAACGCUGUGGAAGUACCCGGUGCUGUUGGUGGAUGACCUCAGUGUGCUGCUAAGCCUGGGCGUGGCGGCAGUUUCUGUGCUGGACUUCAUGCAGUACUGCCGAGCCAUGGUGUGCUGCGAAUUGAAGGGAAAUGUGGUGGCCCUCGUGCAUGACAGCGAGAAUGCUGGGGAUGAGGAGAAUGACAUCCUGCUGAGUGGCCUUAGUCAUCAAAGCCACCUAAUCCUGCGAGCUGAGGGCCUGGCCACUGGAUUCUGCAAGGAUGUGCAUGGACAGCUGAGGAUCCUCUGGAGGAGGCCGUCACAGCCCACAGCCCAGCAGGAUCGAAGCCUCACUUACCAGUACAAGAUACAGGACAAGAAUGUGUCCUUUUUUGCCAAGGGAAUGUCUCCUGCUAUUCUGUGACCUGAUUUGAAGACAACUGAGGUGACUUUGGAUGGUUUUGGGUGUGGAAGACAAAGCAACUGGGCAGGAAUGGGCCUUCAGACCUUUGGCACACUCUUCAGGCUGGCCUGCAGCUCCACUGUGACCGGGGAGGAUGGAAUGGUGCUGAGAGGGUGUGGGUGCCUUUGUUCCCCAGGUCUCUGCCCAGGAAACACAGUGAGGAACACAUCUACAUGUGGCUUCUGCUGAGAGAGGCUGCAUGGUGAACCCCAGCAGAAUGGUCCUUUGGAGCAUCCCAUGUAACUCACCUGCCUGUUUUUGGUGGUUGUGCCUUUAAGAGCCACUGCAGGUAGAAUGAAGCAGUCAGGAAGUUGUCAUGAAUGGCAGCCAUCCUGACUGACAACUAGGAUAAUGAUGACUGGAAUAAAGAAGAUUCCCACACCGGC